AUGACUCCCCUGCCAUCACGCUGGGUAUGGCUCUUGCUCGCAAGUGCGAGUGCUCCCGUGGCGGUCCAUUCGCUGUCGUCGCAUUCGCCGCGAGACCUCUACUCGCACCCACAGUUCAAAGUGGUCGUCAGCGAACAAGUCGCGUUGAACGAUACAAUACCCAACCUACUCUCCCAAGCCAAGGCCGUAUCGGUGAGUGUGACGUUCGAAAGCGCGCUCGUCACCAUGUCGUGGCCGAAUCGACGGACCAAGUGGGGGGGACGGGGCGGCCGGGGGGACGGGACGGUCGAGCGCUGGUGUGCGUGCCUCGAAUGACGUGUCCUGACUCCUGACCCCACCUCCGUUGAGCUGACCAGGGCGAUGUCGCGAAUGUUCACGUCCUCCGAACGGGCUCGGGACAAGCCUUCCUCUGCACUGUCCCUUCCGUGAGCGAAGAUGAGGUCGAACACUCGGUCAAGGAAUCGACCAAGGAUGCCGUCGCUCGGCAGGAGGAACGCGAGCGGGGUUUGGAGAAUGGGCUGGCGUUGUUGGAGCCGUUGAGGACGCAGUGCUUGUAUUCAAAGAAGAACUGGUUCAGUGAGUGCGGUUGAUCUUUCCGUGGUCGGUCUAGAUAAGCUGACACAUCGACGAUCGUCCCGAACUUUCCCCCACACCGUUCGACUCCACCGUUCCCAUCCGCUUCAGCCUACAGCUUUUGGUGAGCGUCUACACCCUGGGAUAUCACGAAUGUGCAAUUUACUAAGACGAUGUUCUCCUCUUCUCAGCUACGGCAAGCACAUCCGGCAAUUCCACGAACUCCGAGUCGCCGGCUCGGUCGAGCCCGUCGAAGACGUCAACAACUGGUCCUACACACUCGGACGAUACCCCGCACCCCAACCCGCGAUCGAAAAGGUCUCACCACCUCGACAUGUUGGCGGAGGUACGGGGAACCACAACGGUCGAGCCCAUCCGGCGACUUGGGCACCGGGUACGAUCUCUUCGGUCUCGACGAGGGCGCCGGGGACGUUGGGCGGAGGACCGGAGAUGGGCUUGGGCGACGAUGAAGGGGGGUUGUACCUCACUCAAAUUUGGGAUGAUGGCACGAUUUGCGACAAGACGGGAUUACCGAGGGAGGUCGAAGUGCAGGUGGGCUUUUUCUUUACUUCCGCGGGUUCAGGAGCGGGAGAAAAAGGCUUUGCUCGAUCUGACUCGAAACGUUCCUCACCAACAGUUUCAUUGCAACACGCAAACGAUUGAUCGCAUCGCACUCAUCCGAGAAACGGCCAGUAAGUGCUUCCCACCUCCUCUGGAACGAAAUUUACCAAUAUUCGUUAUCUGACGCUUCCCUUCCUCCACAACACCCUUAGUCUGCCGCUACGUCAUGAUCAUCCACACCCCACGGCUCUGCAGCGAGCCCGUCUUCCUCGAACGACAAAGAACGUCUUUCUCAUCGGAAAGGGGUCCUUCGGCGAUCGAAUGUCGAGCCGUCGUUCGUCAUUUGAGAGAAAGCGUCGAUGCGCCCAAAGUGCCGACCGGACCGCCGAUCGUUCGAGACGAUCAGGAGGAGGUGUUGGCGGGCCAUCGACUACCCAAGAACACGUACCCUACCGUACCUGCGACGGUACCACAACCUCGAAAACAACAAAAUCAAGCACCACCUCAACGAAUCGCACCAGAGGAGAUCGUGAACGACCUCGAUGCUCCGAAGGACACGACGGGAGGGGAGGAAUGGGGGCAAAGUAUCGACGUCGAAUUGGUGUACGACCCGAUAACGGGUGAAGUACUCGAAGCUGCCAUCGUAGCUCCCGCUGAAGGUGAAGUCGGUUCGAUAAGCCCCCCGCCCCAUAGUACUGCAGACGAUGCUCAGCUGAAUGUCGUGGGUCAAGAAGCGACAUCCUUGGAGGAGAUGAAGGAACAGUUGUUGGCUCAACUUGAUGCGAAAGCAGGGGAGACGAAGGAAGAGGAAGUGGAUGAUCAUAAGUUGGGUCGGGUGGAGAAUAUGCAAGAGUUGGCCAAGGCUUUGAAUGCGCUUCUCUUACCUGGGGAUGGGGCGGGCGGGGAGGGGCCAGGACCUGUUGUUGCUGCUGGUGCUGCUGGGGAUGGAGGCGGAGGUGUAGGACAAGGAGGGGCAGGAGCAGGAGCAGGAGCAGGAGGGAGGAUCAUCAAACCCUUCGUUAUACCCGUCGAUGCACCGGGCGGUCUAGCAGGCGCCGUCAAAGCCGCCUUGGAACAGAUCACAGCACAACCCGGAGCAGGAGUGGGAGGUGUAGGGGGGAGAGAGGGUCCCCCUGCUGGACCUAUUGGGUACGAUGGGGAUGAGGAUGUUGGGAAGAAGGGGUUGGAGGAGGUCAAGGUCUCGAAGGAGUAUGAGAGGCUGACGGAGGCUUUUGGGAGGAAGUGGGAGGACGCCGAAGGGGAAGAUGGAGAGGAGGAAGGGCAAGAGAGGAGGAGGGAUGAGCUUUGA